AUGUCUGAUCCCAAUGACUAUACCGUCGGAUGGAUCUGCGCGAUAACAACUGAGUAUGUUGCUGCACAGUCUUUCCUUGACGAAAAUCAUCAAGGACCAGAAAAGGUAUCAGCCAACGAUAAUAACGACUAUACACUGGGUAAAAUAGGGAAGCACAAUGUGGUAAUAGCAGUGUUGCCCGAUGGAGAGUACGGGAUAUCAUCGGCAGCAAGCGUUGCCAGAGACAUGCUUCACAGCUUUCCUAAUAUCCGGAUUGGUUUAAUGGUGGGAAUCGGUGGAGGUGCGCCAAGCAAGAAGCAUGAUAUCCGCUUAGGCGAUAUCGUCCCACCAGUGGUACUAAGGACUGCUGUAAGCGGACUUAGGUCUCAUUAUGAGCUUAAUGGACAUCAGCUUGAUCUUAAUAUUAGCAAGAUCCUAGAGAAAUGGAAAAGGCUAAAGCGCAAAUACAGCCGACCGCCACCAAGCGCUGACUUUCUAUACCGGACCGAUAUUAUUCAUCCAUUAGGAGAUGAAACAGGCUGUACGGUGCUUUGUGGUGAUUGUCCGUCAAAGCUGAUUCUCCGACCUGAGAGAACAGAGGAUGAUGAUAUUCCAUCUAUCCACUAUGGACUAAUUGCAUCAGCCAAUCAACUAAUGAAGGACGCAUCAAUUCGGGAUACACUUGCAGCAGAAAAAGAUAAUAAAGCCUGGCAAGGAUAUGCAGCAAUGGCGGCUGCUGCAUAUGCAAAAGACCUUCUGCAUCGAAUCCCUCCUAACAGAAUUGAGGCUGAGAAGAGAAUUGGAGAGAUUCUAUCCGAUGUAAAAGAACGGAUUAUCGACAUGUCACAGAAUAUCACCAAGAUCGUACGGAAGCAACUAGAUCAAGAAUUUCAAGCUAUCCUAGACUGGAUCACUCCAAUUGAUUAUGCUUCUCAACAAAACGACCUCAUUAAGAGUCGUCAGCCAGGAACUGGAGAAUGCAUUUUGAGGCAACUUUCCCAAAUGGGUUCUAAGAUUCCACCCACCCCACCUUCACUUGACGAAAUUGUGAAAACUCUGGACCAGAUUAUUGCUAGCUAUUCGAGAACAUACAUCAUCAUCGAUGCUCUGGAUGAAUGCACAGAUUCCAAUUUACACCGCUCUACUCUCAUGUUUGAGAUAUUUGGUCUUCAAACCAGGUUGGGUGCAAACCUAUUUUUCACAUCUCGGCUCGUCCCACAUAUAGAAAAGGAUUUCGAAAGCAGAGAGUGUAGCACACUCGAAAUUCGUGCUACUGAUAAAGACAUACGGCAAUACCUAGACAGUAAUAUGUCACAGUUGCCUGCAUUCAUCUUCCAGUCCACCGGUCUUGAAGAAAGGAUAAAGUCGUCUAUUAUCGAAGCAUCUAAAGAAGUGUUUCUUCUCGCCAGACUUCAUCUAGAUUCCCUGCGAGACAAAAUAAGCGUCUGGCAAGUUGAAGAUGCACUAAAAAAACUUCCUAAGGGAUGGGAUGCCUAUGAGCAAGCAUACAAAGGAGCCAUGGAGAGAAUCAAGAGCCAAAAAAGGGGUUUCUGCGACCUUGCCAACCGGGUUCUUUUCUGGAUCACCUGCUCUAGACGGCCUCUAUCUACCUCGGAGUUGCAGCACGCACUCGCAGUUGUGAAUGAUUCUUCUUCCCUAAAUCCACGCAACCUGCCUGAGAUUGGACUUAUGGUCUCUGUAUGCGGCGGGUUAGUGGCGGUUGAUGAACACAGUGAUAUCAUCCGUCUAGUCCACUAUACAGUGCAAGAAUACUUUGAGCGGACCUGUGACACAUGGUUUCCUACUGCUCAAGCUGAUAUUGCAAAAACAUGUAUCACAUACCUGUCGUUCGAUAUCUUUAAAGCGGGUGCAAACUCGACUUAUGAAGUUUUCGAAGGAGAAUCGCAGUCAGAUGGUCUAUAUGACUAUGCUGCCUGCAACUGGGGGCACCAUGUGCGCAUUUCGUCAGAUCCAGAUGUCAAUCUCCUUGCUGUGGGCUUUCUAGAGAGUGAAGCUGCAGCACUCACCUGGGAGCAGGUGAUGCGAAUCUAUAAGAAACGCUAUAGUUAUGACGACGAGAAGCCCCCAAACAUCGGUAAACUUCAUAUGGCAGCAUAUUUUGGGCUUGUAGAUCCAAUGAAGGCACUACUCAAGAAACAUGAUCCUGACUCCGAAGUCGAAGAUUGGACUCCAAUACAUUGGGCCUCACUGGAAGGCCAUGAGGCAGUAGUGAAGCUGCUGUUGGAGAAUGAUGCUAAUCCUAAUCCGGACGAUUGGGAUAAUGAAUACAGCCCAUUGAAACUAGCUGUGCAAAAUGACCAUACAGCGGUGGUGAGGUUGCUUCUGGAAGACGAGGGUUUUGACCUAGAGUCACAAGAUAAGGAGGGUAAGACACCUCUACAACGUGCCGCAGCCAAUGGCCACGAUGCAGUUGUAAGACUACUGCUACUGAAGGGAGCCAAUCUAGAGUCGAAAGAUUCGAGGGGAAAGACGCCUCUGCUCGAAGCUGCAGAGAAUGGCCAUGAUGCAGUUGUACAACUACUGCUACAGAAAGGCGCCAAUCUGGAUAUCGAGGACAAAUGGGGCCGGACACCACUAGUAGCGGCUAUGGAGCACAACCAUGAAGCCGCUGCAAAGCUCCUGCUAGGAAAUAGUGCAGACCUGGAGGCCGAAGCAAGUUCUCUGGGUGGUUUGCUAAUUAUAGCGGCAGAACAAGGCUACUAUCAGAUAGUGGAACUGCUUCUUGAAAGCGGUGUCAAUCCAAACCGCAAACCUGGAGCAAAUUCAACGGCGCUAUAUUCAGCAGCAGAGGGAGGGCAUAUUGAAACCGUUAGGCUGCUGCUAAAUAAGGGUGCCGAUCCGGGAUAUAUACUUGAAGGGCACCUCGGACAAGAGACGGCGUUAGAUGGAGCCGCGGAAGGGGGCCAUGGAGCCGUGAUGAGGCUCCUGUUGGAUAGUGGUGCUACUCUGGGGGAUAAAGACGACUUGAGAGAGGCCUUAGACUCGGCUGCAAAGUACGGGCGGAUACCGCUACUAUCAGCUGCAAGGAGAGGGCAUGAGGAGACAGUGAAAUUCCUUCUGGAGUGUGGCGCCGAUCCGAAUGCUCAUGAUGCAGACGGAACUACGCCAUUAGCCCAGGCCGCAGAGAAAGGACACGCAGAAAUCGUGAGGCUGCUGUUGGAGAGUGGCGCCAAGCUUGAGCGUGGUAAAGGGGGUGGCCGGAGGCAUAAAGACGCUCUCUUUUUGGCCUCAAGGCGGCCGCAUGACGCAGUUGUAAAAUUACUGCUGGAUAAGGGCGCAGAGCUGGAGUCUAAGCUUAAGAACGGCUGGUUUACUCGAAGACCGCUACAUUACGCAGCACAUAUCGGCUAUGAGGCAAUGGUUCAUCAGUUUCUGAAGAAUGGCGCCAACUUUGAUGCCAGAGAUACAGAUGGUCGGACACCUCUGCAUUAUGCCAUAGAGAAAGGGCACGAGGGAGUAGGCAAACUACUUCUAGAUGCAGGUGCCAAUCCAAAUCGUGCAACUACCACUACAGAAAGGGAGCCACCCAUAUAUCUGGCCGCAGAGAAAGGGCAUGCAGCAAUGGUAGAGCUAUUGCUAGAUAAGGGGGCUAGCCCAGACUCUGGUUCCCUGAACAGCACCCCAUUAUCUAUAUCUAUAGAAAAUGGGCAUGAGGCAGUAGUAAAGCUAUUGCUGGAUAGAGGCUCUGACCCAAAUCGAUCCGCUGGUCAUAUGGACGGCGUAAGUCCAGACGUCGUGUGUGGAGGCUACGACGGAGACGAAACACCAUUACAUAAAGCUGCAAACGAGGGCCACGAAGCAGUGAGGGGAUUAGUAGGGAGUAAAAACGAUGCAGUGAUAAAGUUGCUGCUUCAGAGCCGUGCUGACCUGAAUAUUGGGGAAGAAACUCUAUUCAAGUUCCUAAAACCAAGAAGAAGCGAUCUGAUCAAUUUAUUCUUGGAAAGGGGUGUGAGCACCGAAUCAACAGACGAUAAAGGCUCCACGCUGUUACAGUACUCAGUACAAUGGGAUUAUACGUCAAUAAUAAGGGUUCUACUCGCUCACAACGCCUCUACUGAGGUCAAAGAUUCGCGAGGCGAAACACCACUGCAUAUGGCUGCCAGUCGUGGACGAAAAGUAGCUGCAAAACUACUCUUAGAUAAGGGGGCGAAUAUUAAAUCAAAAGACAACAAAGGCGAUACACCACUACAUCAGGCAGCCGGAGACGGGAGUGAGAUAGUAGUAAAACUACUACUAGACAGAGGUGCUGAUGUAGAGGCCAAAAAUAUGGCUGACAAAAAGGGCAGAACACCAUUGCGUAAUGCAAAAUCUGAUGGGCAGGAAGAGAUAGUAGGAUUACUACUGGGGAGACACGGCAAUUAG